CGGCGGCGGCCGUUGGGCGCCAUGAGGUGGCCGUUGGGCGGCGGCGCGCGGCGCUGGCUGCUGCCGCUCGCGCUGCUACCGCUGCUGGGCGGCGGCGACGCCUGCCCGUGCCGGGACCCGCGGCUCUGCGACCCCGUCACGGGCACCACCGACUUCGAGGUGUUUGUGUUUGAUGUGGGAAAGAAGGCCUGGAAAUCCUAUGAUUGGUCAAAAGUUACCACUGUGGCAGCCUUUGGGCAGUACGAUUCAGAGCUUAUGUGCUACGCUCAUUCGAAAGGCGCCAGGAUAGUGCUAAAAGGUGAUGUAUCUCUUAAGGAAAUUGUUGAUCCUGCUAAAAGAGCAGCCUGGAUAUCUCAACAGGUGGAUCUUGCCAAAAAACAAUAUAUGGAUGGAAUUAAUAUAGACAUAGAACAGGAAGUUAAUGAAACUUCCCCUGAGUAUUAUGCAUUAACAGAGCUUGUUAGAGAAACUACAGAUGCUUUUCACAGAGAAAUUCCAGGAUCACAGGUAACAUUUGACGUGGCUUGGUCUCCAGCAUGCAUUGAUAGAAGGUGCUACAACUACACUGGGAUUGCAGAUGCCUGUGAUUUCUUAUUUGUGAUGUCAUAUGAUGAGCAGAGCCAGAUCUGGACGGAAUGUGUUGCAAAAGCCAACGCUCCUUACCUUCAGACAUUAGUUGGAUAUGAAGAGUACAUUACUAUGGGCAUUGAUCUUAAGAAGCUUGUGAUGGGUGUUCCCUGGUAUGGCUAUGAUUAUGUCUGUUUAGACUUAUCUAAGGAUCAUGUUUGUUCGCUUUCCAAAGUACCUUUCCGAGGGGCUCCAUGCAGUGACGCUGCAGGGCGUCAGGUCCCCUAUGGAGCAAUAAUGAAGAAGGUGAAUAGUUCUAUUUCAGGGAUCCUGUGGGAUGAGGUGCAGAAGUCUCCAUUUUAUGAAUAUAAGGACUCUCUUGGUAACUUCCACCAGGUAUGGUAUGACGACCCUCGUAGCAUCUCUUCAAAAGCAGCAUAUGCAAAGAAUCGAGGUUUAAGGGGCAUUGGCAUGUGGAAUGGAAAUAGUCUUGACUACUCGAGGGAAUCCGAAGCAGAACAACAAACUGAAGCAAUGUGGAAAGCCUUGACACCGUAAGAACUAUAUGAAAUUGUGAACCACUUGCUCUAGAAUGAUGAAAAUUGAUAGUUCUGGUGAUAUUACAUUAUCGUAUGCUGUGAUUGCAGUCAAAGCUUUGAGAACUAGCCAAAGUCAUUUGUUAUUUUGAAUGCGAAGCAUUGUUUUCCUACUUCAGAAAGUUGCAGUAUUGUUUUAUCACUGCUUUUUAAAAGACUGUUUUUCCUCUCAUUUUUCACAACUGCUGUAAGUUCGGUCAGAGCGUGAACCCAGUGAGUAUGUGGUAAUAAGCAGGACGAGGUAUGAAUUUACAGGGGCACGCUGGUAACAGGAAGAGCUUCACUUGCACUGCCAGGUGCCAGAGGUAUUCAUUCUGGGGGUCACAGGAUGCAGCAUGAGCUGCAACAUCUGCUUUCUGCCAUUCCACCCCAGUCUACAUUUUAGCUAAGUCAACCUGGAAUAAGAUUAAGCACAGAGUAUUGUAGAAACGGAUGACUGCUUAUAUGCAACUUGGUGAAACUUGAGCUUGAUUACUGCUCUAGAAAUUAAAAUAUUUUUAUAGACUGAUUAAAUUAUGUAACACUAAGUAGUUCCAAUUAAGCUUUUUAUCAGACUUUUUAUUAGAAAAGAGUACGCAGGAAACUUCUGUUUUGUGGUGUUAAUGCAUCAUAUGUGAAUUUCUCAGUUUCAUAUUCCAAAAAUCUAGGAAUUUAUUCUUAGAUGCAUUUUUUUUUUCCAUUUCCAACUUCUCUAUUUACUGAAAACUAGAAGAAUGGAGCCUACAUAAUGAACUGUGAAUAUAUUUUUACCCAUGUUCUGAUUUUUCUUUCAGUAGCCUUUUAUAUAUAUUUUUUUAAUCCAGUGUUGCUUCUAAGAGAAUAAGGGAUUAUAUAUUCAUUCUAGAUAGUACUUUUCAUAAGGUAAUUGUAUAACUUGUUAAAGUAUCUCUAGCUAUGGAGCGAUUGACUGGUGUGUUCAUGACUUUUUUGUUAAAUAAAAUGUUGUCUUCA